UAACUUGGACGAUAACACAUCUUUGAUUAAUGAAACAUUUACAGCAAUUUAUAAUCCGCUUUUUGUGACGUGUGCUUCCUCACGUUUUUAUUUGUGGGCAACAUUUGGAACCUGUCUCCGGUGGAUAGUCUAAAAAUAGUUGGAAGGCUAUGGAGGAAUAUGGUGUUAUACCAGAUGUGAUUGAUACUGUUCCACCUAAUGUUUUGGAGGUGAAUUAUGGAAGUUAUGAAGUGAAGCUUGGAAAUGAGUUAACUCCAACUCAGGUGAAAGACCCUCCAACUCGUAUAAACUACCCUGUUGAAGAUAAUGCAUUGUAUACACUGUGUAUGACUGACCCUGAUGCUCCUAGCAGACAAAACCCUAAGUUCCGUGAAUGGCACCAUUGGUUAGUGGUUAAUAUUCCUGGGUCAGAAGUUGAUAAGGGUGAGGUAAUGUCACAGUAUAUUGGGUCUGGUCCUCCUAAAGGAACAGGCUUGCAUAGAUAUAUUUUUGUGGUAUACAAGCAGCCAGGUCAUCUAAAUCCCACAGAAAAGCGACUUUCUAACAACUCUGGACAGCACCGAGGCAACUUUAAGAUCAGAGACUUUGCCAAGAAGUACAACUUAGGACAGCCAGUUGCUGGCAACUUCUACCAAGCUCAGUGGGAUGAUUAUGUUCCAAAACUGUAUGAACAGCUCAGCAACUAAGUUGGCUUAUGAUUGUCCUCAAGAUUUAUUGUGGCAGAAACUUGAGGAUUGCUUUACUGAUACUAAUCAUUAACUUUAGGUAGAAGUACUCUUCCACUAGAAGACAGGCAGCAAUAUGUCUUGUUUUUGUUAAUUUUUUGAGGUUGUCCAUUUUUCAUUAAAAAUUAGUUAUCUUUGUUUCUCAUGUUAGAUUAAUAUUUUAUGUAAUAUGUGUGUGAAAAAAAGUCUUCUAGAUUUUUUGUUGGUUACCAAACUAUAUUUCUAAUUCAAAAAAAAAUAUUUGAAGGGCUCUCUAUUUUGCUGUUAAGAUGCCAUGCCAAAAGCCACUGAUAUAUUUAAAUUAUAUAUUUGACAUAUAUUACAAAAAAUCAAGUGUAACUGGUAUGAAAAUUUCAUACAAAAAAAUGCUCAAUUAUAAAAAAUUUUUUAAUGUUAAUGGUGUCAGGCUUGUUGAGAGGUUUAUUCUUAAAAGAGGAUAUUGUAACAUUUAUCAUAUUAAAACCUAAUGGUAGAAAGUAGUUUUUUUUAACUUUAGAAUUUUUGAAAAUUUCCAUCAGUGAUAUGUUUGUGAGCAGUUCCAUAAUUUACAAUAAAUAAUUUCUAUCAAUAAUUUUUUAGCUGGAUUAAAGUUCUUAAGAUAUAGUUCUAUUCAUUGUGUCAUCCCCCCCCCCCCAGAAAAAAAGAAAUAGACAUGUAAAUUUAUAUAUUUUUAGUAAUUUCGAACAAGUGCUAAAUCCAUUGGUAACUGUUUUCAACACAUCCUAUUCAGACUAGGGCAUGUUUUUGCUGUGUUUGACUAAAAGUGGAAUUAAGAAUAAGUAGUUUUUCUCUUCAAAAUGUUGGAUUAUUAGCAGUAUAGUUACUGCUGUUUUGCUUUUCAGAAUCCUCACAAUAAAUGAUUUUGAAACUUUUCUUCAUAAUUACUGACAUCAAGCUAUUUUAACAGUUUGUAAUUAAUAUCAUAAUAAUUGAGUCAUGAAAUAAAAGCCAGCAUGAUAGGUUCCACAGUAUUUUGAUAAAAUUGUUUUAUUUCAAAGAAGGAAUAUUUGAAAAUCUUUGAGUCCACAGCAUACAGGAUACAUCUUUUUUUGUUUUUCUUUCUGGUUAGUAAAUAAAAUAUCAAUUCAAAUUUUUAUAUUCUAUGUAUUAGGUGAGUUUGUACUAAAUGUGUACUAAGUCAGGCAUACUUGAUUUAUAUUUAAUGUGAAUUAUAAUAAACUUUCAUGCUCAAGAUA